AUGCAGGCGCCGCAGCCCGCGCCGCAUUUAGCUCUGCGGCUCCCUGCGGGCACGGGCUCAUCUGAGGACACGAGCGGGAACCGCCUGCGCAUGAGCCGCUGCCGCCCGCCGCAGCACCGCAAACCGGCCGCCACCGCCGCCACCUGUCCCCAACACCGCAGGCAGCCAGGGCCUGGCCUGACCCUGUCCCUGGCGGCGGGGAGCCGAGCCCCGGUGCCCGGGGAGACCCCGGCCCACGACCGGGGAGACCCGCCGGGACACACCAACGGCCCUGAUGGGGACCGCGUCCGCGGAACGGGGCCCGGGGCCCGCCUGACACGGAAAAAACAGCCGUUAAACGGGCCGCGGGGCGGAGCCAGUGAGGGGGCAAGAAGUGGUGCCUGGAUUGGCAGUAGCCGGAUGUUCAAACUAGUAUGGGAUGCCUUGAUUGGCUCGGGGCUGCCGCGGCAGGGCGGGCUCCCUCCUCGCGCUCGGGCGGGUUAUUGUCUGGUGGCUCCUGAGACGGCUCCAGCGCGGACUUGGGACCAGGGCUCAGGCGGCGGCAGCGGCAGCGGGGCUGGUGGUAAGGCAGGGAAGGACAGCGGGAAGGCCAAGGCGAAGGCGGUGUCGUGCUCACAGAGAGCCGGGCUGCAGUUCCCGGUGGGCCGGAUCCACAGACAUCUGAAGACUCGCACCACCAGUCACAGGCGAGUGGGUGCCACCGCUGCUGUCUACAGCGCUGCCAUCCUCGAGUACCUCACUGCCGAGGUGCUGGAGCUGGCGGGGAAUGCUUCGAAGGAUCUCAAAGUCAAGCGGAUCACUCCCCGUCACUUGCAGCUGGCGAUCCAUGGCGAUGAAGAGUUGGAUUCCCUGAUCAAAGCCACCAUUGCCGGUGGAGGUGUCAUCCCCCACAUCCACAAGUCUCUGACUGGGAAGAAGGGACAACAAAAAAUGGUGUAGAGAGGAGGAAAAAAAAAAAAAAAAAGCAGCCGCCUCCCUCCCGUCAUUGUACUGUACCUGGGACAGAAGAAAUCUUGGGGAUAUGUGGAAUUUUUUUUAAGUCAUAGUUCAAAGGAGGAGCAUAGACAAUUGACUGUAGAGAGGAGAAAA